UGCCUUGAGGCUUGAGUUGUUCGCAAAGCACAACGAACCAGGGCGUGCAUAGUAUGACUCAGAAACAGAGAGAAGCGCCUCAACCCCGAAGCUCCUUGUGACUGUAUCACUAUGCGAUUAGCGAACCGGAAAUCAAUCGCAAAUCGACGGAGAUGGUGAAAUUCGCGGAUUCCGGUAGAUUUCACGGCCUAUUCCUUGGUUCGUCGGAGGAAUUUUGGCGCGAAAACAUUCAUGGCGGUUUCGCCACUCUCGUCGCUGUGCUCUUCGUCUUGGCUUGCCACUGUGCCAAGAGGUUUUUCUUUCGGAAAUCCUCUGCCUCCAGUGCUUCUCCGGUUCUAUCGGAUUCUGAUCCCCCCACUUCUGGCUCUCGAAGUCCGCAGCUCAGAACCUCAGAACCAGUGACAGAUGCAGAUUUGAAGUUUCUGAUUGAUAACUUGGAGGAGAAGACAGGCCAAAAUGUGAAAUGGGAAAAUGUCAUAGACAAAAGAAAUGAUAUUCUAUCUUACUAUGCUAAGUGCUGCAAGCCUAAGGAUGGUCCUUUGACAUACUUGAGUGUGACGAUAUUUGAGAAUUGCUCUCCUGAGAAGCUGAGAGACUUCUACAUGGACAAUGAUUACAGAAAACAAUGGGACAAGAUGCUGAUUCAGCAUGAGCAGUUACAGAUGGACAAAAACAAUGGGGUUGAAGUUGGUCGGACAAUAAAAAAGUUUCCACUGUUGACAGCUAGAGAAUAUGUAUUAGCUUGGAGAUUGUGGGAGGGAAAAGAUAAAACCUUUUAUUGUUUUAUCAAGGAAUGUGAACAUCCUUUGGCACCACGCCAGAAGAAGUAUGUGCGUGUUCGUACCUUCAGAUCUGGUUGGCGAAUCCGAAAAGUGCCUAGUACUAAUGCUUGUGAGAUCAAGAUGUUUCACCAAGAAGAUGCUGGUUUAAAUGUGGAGAUGGCAAAAUUGGCCUUUUCUAGGGGCAUAUGGAGCUAUGUGUGCAAGAUGGGCAGCGCACUUAACAGAUAUUCGACAAUCAGCUCUCAUCAAUCAAGUUCUGCUGCUUCUGCUGUCACGUUAAUUAAAAGGGUUCCCCCUGGAUUAGAAGCCACGGAUGAAAUGACCUCUCAAGCAACCUCAGUAGCAACGUCUGUUUGCAGACCAACCACGGGCGAGGGAAGGAAAUUGUCAAGAACACCUUCAACGAAAUUGUUGGCCAAUGGCCUGCUGCUUCUUGGGGGAGUGGUCUGCCUGUCUCGUGGUCACUCUAGCCUGGGCGCUAAGGUUGCCAUGGCUUACAUCUUAACGAAGUGGAGUAAGCGUGGCGCUUCAUCAAGUCAAAGAAGUGAAAUUUCUGGUGCAUGACCUUGUUGGCAUCACAAAUAAUUUUGGACGGUGGAGUACAGUUUUCUUAUCUAGACCAUUGAUGGGCCAUCUACCAUGGAAACCAACUACUACGCUCUACUUGUGCAAAAACGAGAAACGGAAGAAGGGUGGAGGGUAGUUCCUUAAUUGUUCAUCAUGCCUUCCAUAUCGUAUAAAUAUCUGCCUACCCUUUUACCAUAUUUAUAUCCUGAUGGCUAGCAAUUGGAUUGCACAAUGAUCAAUGGGAAAGGCCUAUUGGUUCUGAAUCUCCGAUGCAACUUUUUCGUUGUCGUCCCAGCAACUGGUCAUUCUAUGACCUCUUGCGGGAUACAGAGUAUAACGUUGUGUGGCUGCAGUCGGGCAGAAGAUGUCACUGCUCUUGUAUGAUAACUCAGAUCUAUCUGCAAUAAAUAAACUCAAGCUGCUUUUGAAGUUCUCGGAACCGUUGGAAAGGUUAAGGUGUUUGUGCCUUGAUGAUUAAAUUUGUAUGGGAGUGUUAUACUUGCAUCCUUCAUUUUCCGCAUCAGUUAUGACCCUGAGGAUAUGUGUUGGCUUCUUGGUGUAUUACGCUCAUCCACCCCAAUUUCUUUUACGCAUUAUUUAUACA